AAGAAAGAAAGAAAGGAAAGAAAGAAAGAAACACAAAAAUCAAAAGGAGAUAGAAAAGAAGAAGAAGAAGAAGAAGAAGAAGAAAAGAAAGAAAGAAACAAAAAGUACGACGACGACAGUGACAGCGAUAGCGACGAGGAGUUGAGUGGUUGGGGGGGGGGGCAGAUGUGGAUGGCCGUGUGCCUUUAUCUGGAUAACAAACAUGAGGGCGUUGCUAUUGAUUAUUGGCGGUGGUGAUUAUUGCUGUUAUUGUCAUAGUUGUUAUUGCCUUUAUUGUGAAGAUCAUUGUUUUCGUUUUUACCGCGCGUGCUGUUGGUUGUUGUUGUUAUUGUUAUCACUCGUUUGUUAGUGUAGGGCUGUUUUAUGUUGUUUUUGUCGGUGGUGGUGGUGCAUGGUGGUGUUGUUUUGUCGUUGUUGAUUUUAUUGGUAGGCUGCCGUUGCUGUUAUUAGUAUCACUUCCUCUACUACUGUUACUACUACUACUAUUCCUAUUACUCCUACUCCUACUACUACUACCAAUGCCGCUAUUAGGUUGCUAUUGCUGUUACUAGUACCACUA